AUGUUUGCAGGUGCUGAAGGUGCCGUAGGUGCUCAUAGUGAAAUGCGGUAUAGGUGCCGAACAGGUGCUGUAGGUGCUGGCUGGUGCUAAUAGGUGUUGUAGGUGCUGGUAGGUGCCGGUAGGUACUGGUAGGUGCUGGUAGGUGCUGAGCAGGUGCUGGGUGCUAGGCGUCUGCACUUACCCCCUUGCCCACACCUCACCCACACCGACACCCACACCCACAUACCCACACCCACACCCCACCCAUACCCACACCCACACCCACCCACACCCACACCCACACCCACAGACCCACACCCACCCACACCAGAUGUUGUAUCGGACUAGUUCUGAAAUACGUUGACAACUUAUUCGUUAAAUCCAUUUGAGCUCGAUUUCUUUAUUUCCUUACAUUGGAUCAAGACAGUUGAUUGAAUAGACAUAUUCAAUUAGUGCAGAGCUUAUGUGACUGAAAGAUGCCGUAUUCUCAGUAGUAACCCAGAUCCAAAAAAUGGCAAUUCAAGGAAGGGUGUGUGGGUGUGGAUGUGGGUGUGGGUGUGGGUAUGGAUGUGGGUAAUGGUAUGGGUGUGGGUGUGGGUGAGCGUGGGUGUGGGUGGAUGUGGGUAUGGAUGUGG